CACUUAUCUCCUGCUGCAACAUCAUAUAUCUCGUCAUGUCGAAGAGCACUCUUUACGUUACUGGUUUCGGAAAGCCUGUUGAAUCUGUUGAUUUAGCUCCUUUUUUUGAAGGUUAUGGACCUUUGAUCCGUUUAGUUGUUCCUCCAACAAAAACCCCUGAUGGGCCUCCAUAUGCCUUUGUUGAAUUUAAAAACACCGAAGACGCUGAAAAGGCUUUGAAAGCUUUUACAGAAGACCCUAUUAUCUUGCCAAAAGAGCAAAGACAUGUCCCUCAACCAGGUGAAUAUGGCUUUGACGACGAAAAUCGUCCAAGAGCUGAUAGCUAUUUCCCCAAUGGCUCCCCAGCUGCCGAAGAAGAAAAUAAAAAGGAAAUCGAAGGCGCGUUAAAAGUUCAAUGGGCAAGGUCUUUCCCACAUCCUUCAAGGGGAACCUACACUGGUGCUCCAAGAGGUAACUUCAUUCCAAGAGGAGGAUAUGGAAGAGGUGGGUUUUUCAAUGCUAGAGGAGGUGGUUAUCAAAGGGGCGGAUUCAUGCCCAGAGGUGGAUAUGGUAUGGGUGUCAACAUGAAUAUGAAUAUGGGAAGAGGUGGCUACGUUCAAAGAGGUGGUUACGCUCCUCGUGGAUCAUACCAGCAAAGAGCUGGAUACUCUGGUGUUCAGCAGUAUGGCAGAGGUGGUUAUGUCCCUAGAGGUGGCUAUUAUCAAAGAGGCGGUUACGGUUCUUCAUAUGUCGGCUACAGCUCUCGUGGAAACUCUCAUAGAGGUGGAGGUAAUUUCCAAGAAAGAAGAAGACCUGAUGCUUCUACCUACAACACAAGAGAAAGAUCUCCUGUUAGAGGAGAAUCCGGAGAACACCAAAUUAGAGAUAGGUCUCCACACAUCAGAAGAGAAGAUGCUGACAAUGAAUUUGGAAUUCCAAACGAUCAUGAACAUCAAUAUAAUAACGAAAAUUCAAACAGAAAUGAAAAUGCAAUCGACAAUACUGUUUCUGGGACCGAAACUUUUGAUCAUAACAGUGAAAAUUUGAAAGAUCAGGCAUAUUAUAUACAAGAUGAUGAAUGAAGAUCAGAAAAUUAAUAUGGGUUUUAUUUUGGAAGUUGUGUAUUUUGUAUAUGUGUUUUUCUAAUAUUUUAUUUUAUUAUUAUUAUUUUUUUUCUUCUCUCCCAAUAUUUAUUAUUAUUUUUUUUCUCUCUCCAUCUACAUUUAUUUGUUAAAUACUUCAUAAUAUGAUAUCAAUAAUAUGCAGUUCAUAUUCAACGCAA